CCCUUUUAUCAACUGCGUGGUUCAAUCUGUUGCCAUACUGCUCAGAUCGCCGCUCAGUCUUUCAAGGGCUGUCAGAUGGCGAGUAUCGGCGUUAAAGAUUUGUGUUUUUAACGGUAUUAUUUUUGAGUAGAUAUACUGUGAAUAUGGCAUCGGUGCAGAGGAAGACUAUUAAAUACCAAUCCUUGAGCCCUGCUGUCAGCUGUUCCCGUCUUCGUCAGGUUCAGUCAAUCCUGAGUGACAGCAGCAAGUCCAAACCAGAUGGGAUCCUCUGUAUUCUUGGGAUUGACAGCAGGUACAACGAGGGCUGCAUCGAGCUGGCCAGCUACCUGCUCUUUGGAUUGUACAGUCCCAGUAACAUGGACCUGGAGAGGACACAGUUCCCAGAGGAGGUGCUAGAUGAUGUGAUACUAUUGAUAAAGUCAGAGAGUGUCCACCUGUACUGCAACCCUGUAAAUUACAGCUACCUGCUACCUUAUGUUGGCCACUGGAGAAACCUUCACUUGCACUGUAUGACAAAGACUGAGUAUGAAGACGAGGAGGCUGCAGAGGAGUUCAAAAUCUCCAGCUUUGUGGACAUGGUUCAGGACUGCAGCUGCAUUGGAAUUCCCUACAGCUCCCACGGGCACGUUCAGAAGUUUGACAUCUUUGUUGUGGAGAAGUGGCCCAUCAUCCAGGCCUUUGGUCUUGAAGGAAUCGGAGUAGGCGGCUUUUUUACCAUGAAGCACAAGCUGAUUGACGUGAGCGAGAAGCUCUGGCAGACUUACAGUGUGAUGGACCCUGUUGCCUUGGAGAUCCUGCUCACAGAGGUAACACAGGACUUGGUGACAUUUGAGAAACAGUGGGCCAGCUUCUACUCCAACUUUGACAUUGACAGCCAUUCUUACAUCAUGGAGCUGUCUGAGGCACAGGCUGGGGAGCCCUUUCGCAAUUAUUGUACUCAUGGACUGAUUUCCAGCCAUAUUACUGACAAAAGUAAAAGCCGACAGCCGUUUGUGCUUUUUGGAUGCCACUCCACAAGAGAGUACCUGAACUCUUACUGCUUCACCUUUCCGUCAAAGGGGCACCAGGUUCGGAACGCUGGGAUUGGAGGCGCCGCUGCCAAGCACAUGCUUGUACAGUGCGUGGCCCCUAAAGGACCCCUGGCGUGUGCACGCACCUGUUUCUUUGGAACUACUCAUGUCCCAUACUUGGGGAAUGGCAAUGAACAGUACAAGAAAACAGAACUGAUGAUUUUGUCUCAGAUAUAUGAAGCCACAGUCCAGGCCGUUCUGGCGGGUAUCAAAUGCUAUUCUUGCACAUUCAGUGCAACCAAGGCAAAGGACAUGGCCAAUCAGACAUUCCAGUCAUCCCUGGACUGCUGCAAUCUUACACAGUACAAGAAUGCACUCCGAUCCGAAACUACAUUCUAUAUUCAAGCUGUAAAUGACGAAGGAAGAACUGUUCCUUUGGAAAAUGAUGGCAGUAGGUCCUUAGUCAAAACUGCCUGCAUGACUGUGUAUGACAUUCCAGACUUGCUUGGAGGGAGAGGAGUUUUGGGUUCAGUGGUAUUCUCAGAAUCAUUCCUGGAGUCCUGUAUUUUUGUGAAAGAACAAGAUGACAGUGUUUCCACAGAUAGCUGUUUUACCAUCCUGACGGCAUCCAUUCCAAUAUACGUCUCCUGGCUCGUAGAGGACAGUGAUGUUAAGCUAUCUGAGAAGGUACAACAGCUGCUAAAGGAGGAGGAAGAGACCUGCCUUGGAAGCCCCCUUUCUGUAGGAGAAACAACUUUCAUUUACUCCAGUAACCUGCUGGCCUGGCCAGAGGAAGGGAAAAUCAGUUUCUUUUCAGAAGGAAUUCUUUUUAUCCAUCCUCACUAUGGCAGCGUCACGAUUUCCAAGAAUUUGAUCAAUGCACUCAAGUUUUACGAUGGGGACUCCCCCAGUGUCGUUGCUAUGCUCCUUAUUGAGUAUAAGAGACCUCUGCUCCCUCACUUACCCUUCCAGCUUCACUCCACAUCCAACUGUCUCGCCUUUGCACUGCUGCCCAAAUCCAAGAGCUACAAGGCUUUCUAUUCACAGGUGCUGGCUUCAUGGAAACAGCAGUUAGAUGAUUCUGGAGUUGUGCUGAAGAUGGUACGGAGUGAGCAACUGUCAGAAGAACAAACAAACAUGCACGCCAAGCUGCAAAAGCUUUACGAGAGCCAUUCAAUCCCAGUGGGUGAGAGGUGGUGCCAAGCUGCCUCUGCAGAGCUCCCACAGCUGGAAACAUUCAUGAAGCAUUUUGAAGUCAGCAGUGUUGGCAAGGAGCCAGUGAAAAGAACUCACUUUCCUGCACUUUUUCAUCAUCCCAGUUUACCGGCAAACAUCCAUGAGGAAAGUGAAAAGGUGGUAAUCACCAUCAUUACAGGGCUCCCUGGAAGCCAUAAAGACAGCCUUUGCAACUUUCUAGUAAAUCUGAACAAAGAACAUGGAAGGUGGGCAAUCUAUAGGCAAGCACCUGAUGACUGCGAUUAUUUCAGUGCCGUGAACUUCCAGCGUUACCUGUCAAGUGUUCUUGAGACCCAGCGACAAUCAGCCUACACAUGCAAGAGACUAAGACUGCUAGUGAUCACUCCUGGAUACACAGACGCUAUCGACGCUGUGCAGGCCGUGCAGGCUCACCCUGACCCCGACGUUCAGUCUACCUUCUCCGUGGGCGCAGUCACAGCCUGCGUGGAUCCGCUCAGCAGCUACAUGGAGCAUAGAUUUCUAUUUCCAAAGUUCCUGGAACAGUGCUCUCAAGGUGUGGUCAGCAGUGUGGUGUUCACUGGCCUGACCGGCGAGCACAGACAUCCCCUGCUCCUCCAGCUCCAGCAACUCAUCCGAGCUGCCAACCCCACAGCAGCCUUCAUUCUUGCUGAGAAGGGAGCCGUCACCCGGAAUGAAGACGUAGAGAUGAUUUUAUCUGGGAGCAGUUUUACAGAACCCAGGCUGCUAAGAUCACGAUAUUUAAUGUAUCCUGGCUGGAGUGAAUGCAAAUUCAGUUCUGGACCUGUCUGUCCAUCCAUGACCCAGAUCACUGUCCGCUUCAGUCGAUCACUGGAGAAGCCACGCUUCAUGACUUGCUGUAAAGCAUUAAAAUCGUCACUGAAACCAAAUCCCUUCACUGGAAAUGUGUACAACAUCCGGGGUAGAAUCAGAUUUUCAGACUCUGAGAAGGUGGUUGAAGUGAGCCACCACACCCUGACCAACAGCCUGAGCCUGCUUCCUGUGCAGGAGGGGCCCUCUCGCCCUUCUCAGAAGGGGGCCAGCAGGAGGGAACCCUGUGACUGCUUCAUUGUGUUUGAUGGCACCUGUCUGAGUGAGGAGGCCUUGAGGGACUGGCUCAGACAGUGUGCCAAUCAGAAACCUCCAAAGAAAGCCCUGAAGAGACACGCAAUCUUGACAAUGCAGGAGAUAAAGAGCAUUCAUGUGAAGAGACACUUGGAACCCCUCCCGGCCGGGUACUUUUACAACGGGACCCAGUUUAUUAACUACUUUGGAGUGAAAAUGGACUUCCAUCCAUUGAUGGAGCAGUUUAUCGAUGAGUAUGUAGAGGAGGCCAACCGGGAGAUUGAGCAGUACAACCUACAGCUGGAGCAGCAGAGGCAUGUGGACUUGUUUGAGCCUUAAAGGUCAUCCACAAGCUCCACAACCCACAGAUCAUUUCCACCCACAGAACAAUAGCGGCACCUUACAGAGGGGCUGCAUCAACCCCCUCUGUUAGCAUGCAUUAAACCAUACUUGGAUAUCCCAUGUACUAGGGAAUGGGACCAGGGUUUAACAGCAGCCUAUGAGAAGUUCAGACCUGUCCAUGUAAGGCUUAUAAAAGUUUCCCCUCCUGUGCCGGUUCUGAAAUCUCAAAUGGGUUUUCCAAAGAAACUGCUUCAAAGAGUCACUUGAUACUACACACACCUGUCUGUUUACCCAGUUUCAAAGUGUGAGCCAGGCACAGCUGUUUCACGGACUGCAGCAAUGAGGGGCAAGCCUCAUGCAUUAGUGUGAUAUUUAUCUUCAAGAUGGAUUAGUCUGCAGAAAAUAAAGCAGAUAGAAUAACAAAAGAAUGAGGCUAAAGCUAGAAGUGAAGGUCAGGAAAUUAGGCUGCCCCAUUAGGGGAUGCCAGUCACUUCACCACUUAAUUAUUGUGAUUUGUUUAUUUAGCAGACGCCUUUAUCCAAGGCGACUUACAGAUACUUAAAUACCAUUCCAGCUGUAAAACUUGAUGGUAGCAGCACCCCUGUGCUAAAAUGUUCAGGUCUGGAUAUCUCAUCCGGUUAUAAUGGUUGGUCUGCCCAAUUACGCAAUCACUUUAAACGUUUAGAAAAGUUGUUUUGAAUAAUAAAUGCUCAGAUACAUUUUUUAGUUACCCAGGGGGAUGUGGUUGGGCAUGAUGACCACCUUCAGUUGUUGACUGGCACCUAAACAGUCAGUCAACAUAUUACGGAGGAUGUAUUUGAUUCUGAGAAGAUUAAUGCACCAUCCCAGUUCAUUGUAGGUGGG